UAUGGGAACACUUGACAGCCAGUUUUGUAUGAGUCAAAAGCAAGAAAAACCGGUUCUACAAGGCCAGCGCAUAAAGACGCGUAAAAGGGAUGAAAAAGAGAAGUACGAGCCCCAAGCUUUCCGUGAUUCACUAGUUGCAGGACUAAAAGAAGCUGGUAACGAUUUGGACAGUUUGAGUAAAUUCCUCGAUUCGGCCGGUAACAAAUUGGACUAUAGACGAUAUGGCGAAGUACUCUUCGAUGUCCUCUUCACUGGGGGAAUGUUGGCUCCUGGAGGUCAUACCGUCGACGAUGGUGCCGAAAAGGCCCAACGUUAUGUAUUCUUGGCGGAAACGGAGGAGGACGUGAAAGCAUAUUAUUGUGUAUUUUUUAAACUUAUUCGCCGUUAUAAAUAUUUGGAAAAAGCCUUUGAGGAUGAAUUAAGCAAGUUGAUUAUUUUCCUGAAGGCCUUUACUCCAGAAGCUAGAAAGCGUCUUGCACAGGUUGUUGGAAUGUGCAUGGCUCAAGGUCUUGUCAAACAUAAUUCAUUGGCACCUCUUUUCAACACUGAUGAUCAUUUGGCAAAGGACGGCCUUGCUCUAGAUUUUGCUACGGAUAUGUUUGCCAUUUGGAUAAAGGAAAAAGACGCUAACAAUGUAUCCUCCAGCUUGCGUCGAGCAUCGCUCGAUGAUAAGCUUUUAAACAUCUUACCUUCGACUCGUCGAACUACGGAGCACUUUUGUGCCCAUUUUAAAACUGAGGGUCUUCUUUCAAUUGCCGAGAUGCAAAUCUCAAAGGCUUCCCAGGGACUAAAAAAACAGCUGGGGGAACAGUUAUCCAAUUUGAUCGAAGACGAGGCCGAUGCUAACGAAAUUGUGGCAUGGAUCAAGGCAGAAGGCGCCCAAAGCGGUUUAACCGAUGUCGAACUAGUUGGUUUAGUUUGGAAUAAGGUUAUGUCUGCCGUCGAAUGGAACAAAAAGGAAGAACUUGUUGCCGAUCAAGCUUUAAGACAUCUAAAGUGUUACACUCCACUUUUAGCCGCUGCUUGCUGUACUCCAAGAGCUGAACUGUGCCUCCUUCGCAGAUGCCAAGAGUACUGCUAUGACAAUAUGCAAUUCAUGAAGGUAUUCGGUCGAAUUGUUGUCCUAUUCUAUAAAGCAGAUGUUGUUGGAGAGGACUCAAUUCUGAAAUGGCAUAAAGACGGACAUCUUUCCAAGGGAAAGAGUGUAUUCCUCGAGCAAGUUAGCCAAUUUGUCGAUUGGCUUAAGAAUGCCGAAGAAGAAUCCGAUGAUGAAGAGAACUAG